AACAUGCCAAGAAAAGGAAAGAAGUCAGUCAAAAGAAAGGCAUCUGAGCAGCGAUUCAGAAUGCAGGAGAGGAGGGCUCAGGCCACUGAACAGAGCAACAUCUCUAUAAAAUGUCCAAAAGAGAGCAACACCUCUAUAAAAUGUCCAAAAGAGAGCAACACCUCUAUAAAAUGUCCAAAAGAGAGCAACACCUCUAUAAAAUGUCCAAAAGAGAGCAACAUCUCUAUAAAAUGUCCAGAAGAGAGCAACACCUCUAUAAAAUGUCCAAAAGAGAGCAACACCUCUAUAAAAUGUCCUGAGAGCGUCACCUCUAUAAAAUGUCCAAAUCAAACAGAGAAUAAAAAGAGCAACACCUCUAUAAAAUGUCCAAACCAAAUAGAAAAUGACAAAAAGGCUUGUGAAACAAACAAAUUGAAGAGAAAUAGACAAGAAACAGAAAAUCUGAACAAAAAUGCAAGUACAUCUUCGCUGAAGCUUCGUAAGUUUGAUAGAGAUGAAAACGGAGUUAAUUCUGUCAUUGAAGAAAACAAAGUGGUAGUACAAGGUAGUUUUCAUCAAGGUGAUGUAAGAUUUGGAAGAAAUAGUGGAAAGCAGUGUGUUGCUAACAGUUUGUCAGCAAUAGCUCAUAGUAAAUUAAAAGAUUUAGAUGAAUGGGACCAAACCUAUCUGGACAAUGUCCUUAUUGAAGGAAAUGAGAUUUAUACUUGGAUUCAUGGAACAAAUGACUUGUUGUUGAUGUCAGAUCUACCGGAAAUGAUUGAAAUAUCAGGAAAAAUGAUGCACAUUAGAAAAAAAGACUCAAUCACGGCAACAAUUGACACUACAGGAACUAUUGACUUCAGCGCUUUCGAUAAUUGUCUGCCAUUAGACUUGGCAAUACAAGAAUCACUCAUAGAGUCUGAUGGAUGUUUCAUAUGUGCAAUUGAUAAAACGUUUAUGGUUAUGAAAUACAACCAAAAUUUAUAUUUAUUUGAUUCUCACUCUAGAAACAAGUUUGGUGUCGUUGAUGCAAAUGGGAAAAGUUUAUUGAUGCAAUUACAAGACUUUGAUCAUUUAUAUCAAUAUUGCUGCAGUAUGGUGCUUGGUGUAAAGCAAACAAAUCAGUGGUUUGAAGUGACUGGUGUAAGUGUCGAGAUUAAUCAAGGUUCUUCAGCUGAAACCGGUCUACAUUACAAGAAAGCGGAAGACAAGGUCAAAAAUACUCCUUUGAAAAGUUUUACAGUAAACUUUGAGCAUGGAAAUCAAGAACACAAUUCCUUAGAAAUCUCUUCAUCAGAUAUAGAAAUUGUGCAGCAAAAGAGAAACGCAAAUCACGAUCAAACGAAUGAUCCAAAAGAACAAUCAUCAGAUGUUGAAAUUUUGUCAGAAGAUUUCGAAUGUCAAAUAUAUGAUUUUAAUCCACUUACAGCUAGAAUAAAAAGAGAAUUAUGUUCUACCCUGAAGAUACCUUCCAAAAAUGUUUCUACUUCGCAGUCUGGAAAUGUUUGCAAUAUGGGACCUCCAAAAGCUACGAAACCGAUAAAAGGUGAUGGAAACUGUCUGUUUAGAGCACUUUCAUAUGCAAUAUCAAACAGACAAGAGUAUUAUCAUAAAGUAAGAUGCGCUGUUGUCAACCAUUUGAAGGGGUCAGCAAAGGAACUAGAAACAUUUUUACGUCCAGAAUAUGAAUCUAUGGAACAAUAUGUCGAGACCUCGGGAAUGGAAAAAGAUGGUACUUGGGGCACAGAGCUAGAGAUUUUAGCAGCUGCAGAUCUAUUGAAAACAGAUAUCUAUACUUUUUUGAACGGAACAUGGAUUAAGUACUCAUCUUCGCAGAUUUGUAGUAGCAAUGAAGUAAGAAUAGAGUCAAUUUACCUAAAACAUAUUGGUGAUGUUGGCCAUUAUGAGUGUGUUACGUUUGUGACGAGUGGAAGCAAUUACAAUAAAACGAGUGCUUUGAUGACAAAACGUUCAAGACCAGAAAAAAGAGAACAGAAAGAUCAAGGGAAUGUCUCUUUACAAAAACGGAGAAGAUAUGAAAGUUGCAUGAAGGACAAUGAUGAAAACAUAGAAUUAUCAAAAACAGAAAAGGAGAAGGAAAAGUAUAGAACAUGUCAGGGAUUUAGAGAUAGAAAAGCAAACAGUUCAAAACACAGAUAUAAAACGGACUUCAAAUAUAGAGAAAGUGUUAAAAAACGAACAGCAAACGGUUAUGAAAAAGAUGACAAAUACAGAGACAAACUGAAGAGAGCAAGCAGGACUAAGUAUAAAAAAGAUCAGCCUUUCAGGGAAAAGGUAAAAGAAAAAGCUAAGACUGACAUCAAGGAAAAAUAUAAAAAUGACGAUGAGUUCAGAGAAAAACUUAAGAAUGCAAGCAAGGAGAAAUAUGAAAAUGACAACGAUUUCAGAGAAAGAGUCAAGAAUGCAAGCAAGGAGAAAUAUGAAACUGAUUACGAUUUCAGAGAAAGGGUGAAGAAUGUGAUGAAAGAUAAAUAUGAAAAUGAUGCCGAUUUCAGAGAACGAGUGAAGAAAGCAAACAAAGAGAAAUAUGAAAAUGACAAUGAUUUUAGAGAGUCUGCGAAACAACAAAGCAAAAUGAAGUAUGAACAAGAUGAAGUGCAAAGAGCUAAAGUAAAACAAAGAGUUACUUUGAGCCGAAAUAACAAGAAAGAGGAAUGCAAAGACAUUGAAAAUGUUAUAGAGAAAUUUCGGGAAGAAGUUAAAAAUGGACCGGAUUAUGUUUGUGCUUGUUGCUUGCGACUGUUUUUUCAAAAGCAGGUACUAUCAUGUACAACAGAAAAAUAUGACAAUAUGUUAGUUGAAAUAUGCAUCUCUGAAAAAUAUUUGCAUAGAUGUAAAGAUGUCUGUACCUCGGAUUGUGCACACAAAGGGACAAGUAGAUCAGAACUGUGGAUUUGUUAUACAUGUCACAGAAAGUUAUCAAAAGGUAGCAUACCAGCUGAAUCAUUUUCAAACAAUCUUGAAUUAGAGGAAGUUCCAAGAGAGCUUGGCUGCAUGAAUACUUUAGAGCAACACUUGGUAGCACGAAAUAUACCUUUCAUGAAAAUACUUGGUUUACCAAAGGGAGGACAGAAAGGUGUACACGGUCCUGUUGUUUGUGUGCCAUCUGAUUUACAGAAAGUUACAACCACUUUACCAAGAUCAGAGGACGAAAAUCUUCUUCUCAAAGUAAAAUUAAAGAGAAAAUUAAGUUACAAAGGGUAUGAAGAAUACCAAUUUGUGAACACACAGCAUUUGAGAGAAGCCUUAUUAUUCUUAAAAAGGGAAAAUGUUUGGUAUUCUGAUAUCCAAAUAAAUGAGAACUGGCUAAAUCCAAUUCCUGAGGAAAAUGAACCAGAAAAUAAUGUUGAUAGCGAAGAUGAAUCCAAUUCUGUGGAAAUGACAGUGUCUCCUAAUGUUUCAGAGAAUAAUGGCAAUCAAAAUUCAAAUGGCGUAGAUUGUGAUGAGCCAGAAUCUUUUCUUGAUAAAAACCUGCAAGGCAUACAGUUAGACACUUGUUUGCAGCCAGCUGACAUAGGGCAAGAAAUAAUGGAUUUGUGUUUUGACAAAGUAUUUGAAAUUUCACCCUCAGAAGGGAACAAUCCUGUAUCUAUUCUUGAAGAAGAAGGUUUAGAGGCAAAAACAUUUCCUGUCCAUUUUCCAACAGGAAAGAACACAUUUUCUGAAGAACGAACAGAAGCAUUAACAAUUGGAAAGUACUUUAACAUUCGUUUAAUGAGUGUGGAGAACAGAUUUGCAAAAGAUACGUCAUACAUAUUUUUUUGUCAGUACUUAUCUGAAUUGAAGAGAGUGAUUUCAAACGUACAGAUUUCUCUGAGGAAAGAAUCAGCAUUUUCAUCAGAUGGCAGUAAAAUUACAGGGGAAAUGUUGUGUGAUCGUAAAAUUUUGAAAGAACUCUUUAAAAAGGACGAGGCAAUAAAAUUUUUGAAACCAGUCAGAGGAACACCACCAUACUGGCAGGCCGCACAGAAAGACAUUUUUGCAAUGAUACGCCAGUUAGGAAUUCCUCAGUUCUUUUGUUCAUUUUCUUCAGCAGACUUCAGAUGGACAGAAAUUGUUCAAACAAUACUUAAACAGCAGGGUGAUACAAGAAAAGCUGAUGAUCUUUCAUGGGAUGACAAAUGUAAAAUUCUGCGUAGUAAUCCAGUCACUGCAGCUCGAAUGUUUGACCAGAGGUUCCAUACUUUUCUUAAAAAUGUCAUCAUGUCAGAAGCUGAACCAAUUGGAAAAGUCAUUGACUAUUUUUACAGAGUUGAGUUUCAGCAAAGAGGAUCUCCACACACCCACUGUUUAUUCUGGAUAGAAAAUGCCCCAAAAUUUGAGGAAGACUCUAAUGAAAAGGUUACCGAGUUUAUUGAUAAAUAUAUUACAUGCGAAAUACCAAAUGAGCAUGAAGACCCAGAGUUAUUCAGUAUUGUUAUGGCCGUGCAGCAACAUAGCAAAAACCAUUCAAAGUCAUGCAAAAAACGGGGGACAGCCUGCAGGUUUAACUUUCCUAGACCACCGUCUGAAGAAACAUUUAUUUCAAAACCAGAGCAAGAUAUAGAAAAAAAUGAUGAACAUUUGGCCAAAGAAAAACUGUCACUGCUGUGGGAUGCUGUGAAAACCAAUGAAAAUCAAAAUAUAUCUGCAUCAGAACUUCUUCAGAGAGCAGGGUUGACCCAGAAUGAGUUUGAGAAAUGCUUUUGUUACAUUACGAAAAGAAAUACAGUUGUACUCAAAAGAAAUUGCAGUGAAAUAUUCACAAAUCAAUACAACAAGCAUCUCUUGAGAGCCUGGAAUGCAAACAUGGAUAUUCAGUACAUUUUAGACGCUUUUUCUUGUGUUGUUUACAUCAUCAGUUACAUAAGUAAAGCCGAGCGUGAACUAGGAUUACUACUGCAACAGACGAAAAAUGAAGCAGUUGAAGGAAACCUUAAUGCACAAGAUGCUAUGAAGAAGGUUGGCACGGCUUACUUACACCAUAGGGAAGUGAGUGCACAAGAAGCUGUUUAUAGAGUUACUGGGUUACGACUGAAAGAAUGCUCUAGAAAAGUAGAAUUUGUUCCUGUUGGAGAAAAUCCUUGUAGAAUGAGCAUCCCAUUGAAAGAGGUGAAGAAGAGACAGUCUACUUCAAAAUUGAAAAGAACAAUUGAUUCCGGAGAAACCGACAAUGAUGAGGAUGAUUCAGAUAUAUGGUUGAAAAAUAUGGUGGAUAGAUAUGAAGGAAGGCCUGAUCUUGAUGUUUUUCAAACAAUGUGUCUUGCAAAAUUUUGUUCAGAAUUUGCUGUUCUAGCUGAAUCACAAUUGCCUCAGAAAAUCAAUGAAUCAACAACAUUUAAACUGGACAAUAAUCUAGGUUACAUCAGGAGGAGGACGAAAACAAAACCAGCUGUAAUUAGAUAUCCGAGAUUUUCCAUAGAAACGGCAAAGGAGAAGUACUUUCAAAGUAUUUUGCAGUUGUUCCUGCCAUACAGAAAUAGAACACAACUGAAGCCAAAGAAGUUUCAAUCAUAUGAAAAUUUUUAUGAACAAGGAUACGUUAAGUAUUCGAAAGAGGAAAACUUGUCAUCAGUCAAACAAGUUGUUGACAACAAUAUGUCAGAAUUUGUAAGGGAUGGGCAAAACUUAGAGGAAGCAGAAAGAAUAUUCGAUGCUCAAGGUCCACAGGAAGAUGCUUGGUGUGAAAUGUGUCCCGAAUCAGAAGCAAAUAGAAUAGAAUGCAUAGAAGAGGGGAAAAUUACAACUGUAGAGGAGGUUGAACUUUCAGAGCAACUAGUACCUGAUUUAAAUAGAAAAGACAAGCUUGGUUCUAAAGGUUCGAAUCUUCUUUCAUCAGUUUUCCCAAAGAAUGAAAUAGUGCCCCUUCUUCGUACAUUGAAUUCAAAACAAAGAGAUGUGUUUUACCAAGUGAGAGAUUGGUGUAUCAAAAAAAAGAAUGGACAAAAUCCACCACCGUUUCAUGUUUUUGUUACUGGUGGAGCAGGUACGGGGAAAAGUCAUUUGAUAAAAUGCAUUUAUUAUGAAGCAAACAGGUUGUUGGCUCACAUUUCAGAAAACCCUGAUGAUUUAACUGUUUUGUUGACUGCCCCAACUGGCACUGCAGCCUUCAAUAUCAAUGGAUUAACGAUACAUAGCGCUCUAAGUAUAUUCAAGUCCCUUUCAUUGGACCAUGCACUGCUCAGUGAAGAAAGAAUAAAUAGUUUGAGAUCAAAACUGGAGAACCUUCAGAUUCUUAUCAUUGAUGAGAUAUCUAUGGUAAACAAAAGACUUUUGUUUUUUGUCCACGAAAGACUGCGUCAAUUGAAAAAGAUGCCGGAAAAUUGUUCAUUUGGAGGUGUUUCAAUCAUUGCAGUAGGCGAUUUUUAUCAGUUACCCCCUGUAAGAACGAAACAUACUGAUAAGUUGUAUGUAAAUGACAAUUCCAAUCCAAUGAAUCAGUUAUGGAAUGAUCUCUUCACAGUUGUUGAAUUAGAUGAAAUAAUGAGACAACGAGAGGAUGGAAUAUUCGCAGAACUUUUGAACAGGUUGCGUGUAAAAAAAGCAAAUGAGACUUUAUCGGAAGUUGAUAAACAUACACUUAAACAGUGCAUCAAGGAGGGUCCUGCUGAGGCAUUGCAUAUAUUUGCUACAAACGCCGAGAUCAAUGCAUACAAUAAUGAGAUGAUAUUCAAGGUCUGUGCUGAGCCUAAGUUAGUCGAGGCAGAGGAUUAUGAGAAAAAGAGAGAAUCGGGGACACUGAUUAAGAGAAAAACACACUUCACAAAAACUGACAUUUGUCUCCCAUCUUCAAUUUUAUUAGCAGAAGGAGCAAGAGUUAUGCUAAUUAAAAAUGAGGAUGUUCAAGAUGGCUUAGUCAAUGGAGUGAUGGGAACAGUUAUGCAAAUUAGAAUGUCUUCAAAUUCCAAACUUCCAGAAGCUAUAUUUAUUCAUUUCGACAAUGAGAACGUUGGCAAGAAUGCGGAUUUGCAGAAGAUGAUCAAUCAGAAAAGAUGUGUUGGAUUACGUCCUUCUAGUGAAGAAAUUACCAUCAAAAAUGGUGUUAGAAAACAAUACCCUUUGCAACUAGCAUGGGCCUGUACAAUUCACAAGGUUCAGGGUUUAACUGUAAAAGAAUGUGUAGUUGACCUGAAAAAAUGCUUUGCACCUGGUCAGGCAUAUGUUGCUUUAAGCAGAGUUACAUCUAUUCAAGGGCUUUACUUGAACGAAAUAGAUAUAGAGAGGUUAGUCCAGAAAGUUCGUUGUGAUCCUGACAUUGAGGGUGCAAUUUCUGCAAUGCACAGAUUUCUACCUUUACCAGUUAAUCCUGAAAAAAAUGGCCAGUGUGUAAAAUUAUUGUACCACAACAUCCAAGGAUUGCAAAAUCAUAUGAAAGAUUUAAAGUGCAACAGAGAUUUCAGAGAUGCAGAUAUUAUUUGUCUUACAGAGACAUGGCUAGAUUCAAGGUCAGAUAAACCAGAAUUAGAAGAGUUCAGUGCAAGCCAUGUGACUAGAGCAUCAGUUUUUGAUAAAAGUUGUGCUUUGUAUAAAGAAAUUGCAGAAAUGCAGCAUGGAGGUGUGAGCGUGUUUUACAGACUUGGAGUUGAGCAUGAAGAAAUCAGAAAUGUAACAAGAAAUUUGGAAUGUCUUGUUUUCAAAAUCACAACGAUUCAAACUACUGUUGCCAUCAUAUAUAGACCACAAAGAUAUCCAAUAGAAAAAUUCAUGGAAAACUUGAAAUGCUUAUUAGACUGUUUGGAGAGCUCAUCAGAAAGAAUUGUUGUUAUGGGAGAUUUUAAUCAGGAUAUCAUGACAGGCGGAAAAUCCAUACUUAACUAUAUGGAAGCAAGGGGAUUUAGACAAUGUGUUCAAAGUUCAACAACUGAAAAUGGGACACUGAUUGACCAUGUCUUUGUGAAAGAGUGUCCUCAUGUACAAGUGUUGAUAGUACCUACAUAUUACAGCUAUCAUGAAGCAGUUGCG